UCCUCACCGAAAAAUGGCCUCCUCGCUCUCCUCCCUCCUCCCCCUCCUCCUCCUCUCUCUAACCUCCUUCGCCGCCCUCUCCCUCGCAGACUACCCCCUCCCCUACAACUUCACCCACGUCUGCGACGCCAAGCGCUACGCCUCCCUCAACCUCAGCAUCCCCGACUUCGCCUUCUGCGACAAAUCGCUGUCGUACUACGUUCGCGCGAAGAAUCUCGUCGACAGUAUGAAUCUGACGGAGAAGGCGAAGCAGCUGGGGAACAAUAACAACGGGGAGUGGUACGCGGUGGCGGCCGGAGUGCCGAGGCUGGGGCUGCCGGCGUACAACUGGUGGUCGGAGGCUCUGCAUGGGGUGUCCUACAUUGGAGGGGGGACUUCUUUCGGGGGGCCUGAUGUUAAGGCUGCUACCAGCUUCCCUCUUCCUAUUAACUCUGCUGCUGCCUUUAAUGCCACCUUGUGGAGGGAGAUUGGCAAGACCAUCUCCACAGAAGCAAGAGCAAUGAACAACCUUGGCUUCGCAGGAUUAACAUUCUGGAGCCCAAACAUCAACCUUGUCAGAGAUCCAAGAUGGGGGAGAGCCCUCGAAACCCCCGGGGAGUGCCCUACCACGGCUGGUAUUUACGCCAUUAACUUUGUCAGGGGUCUCCAGGAUGUCGAAGGCCAAGAACACAGCAACGAUCCUAACUCUAGACCCCUCAAAGUCUCGGCCUGCUGCAAGCAUUAUGCUGCCUAUGAUGUUGAUUACUGGAGAACUACUGGUUCUAUGACAGUUGAUCGAUUCCAUUACGAUGCCAAUGUGACCGAGAGAGAUAUGGUUGAGUCUUACCUCAAGCCAUUUGAGAUGUGUGUGAAGGAGGGAGAUGUUAGCAGUGUGAUGUGUUCAUACAACAAAAUCAAUGGAGUUCCUGCUUGUGCUGACGGAAGAAGGAUGAGGGGAACCAUCAGAGAUGAGUGGGAUCUUCAUGGUUAUGUUGUCUCUGACUGUGACUCCAUCAAGACCAUAUUUGAGAAGCAACAGUGGUUGGAUGACACUGCUAUUGAAGCCACGGCUCAAGUUAUGCGUGCAGGUUUGGAUUUGGACUGUGGAUGGUACUACGCUCAGUACCUAGAAGAAACAGUGAAGAAAGGGCUGAUCAAGGAGAGCGAUGUCGACGAGGCCCUGAUCAACAACUACAUUGUCCUCCUGAGGCUCGGGUGGUUCGACGGAAAUCCUCUCUACGAUAACCUCAACGCUUCAAAUGUUUGCUCAGUGGACAACAUGAAGCUCGCGGCGAGCGCAGCAAGGCAAGGAAUGGUCCUCCUCAAAAACAAGGGUGACGCAUUGCCGCUGAGCCCCCAGAAAUUCAAGAGGAUCGCCGUCGUUGGGCCCCACGCCAACGCCACUGAAGUCAUGAUCGGGAAUUACAAUGGCGUCCCUUGCCGUUAUAUUUCACCUAUCGACGGGUUAAAGAAGUACGCGGAGGUUGAUUACAGCCAGGGAUGCGAUGGCGUCCAGUGUCACACUGACAAGUACGUUUUCCACGCGAUGAAGAGCGCAGAGGCUGCAGAUGCUACCGUCAUCGCCGUAGGGUUGAACUUGACGUAUGAGCGAGAAGACUGGGAUCGAACCGGUUUUGAUCUCCCCGGGUAUCAAAAUCACCUUAUCGAGACAGUCGCCAAUGUCUCCAAGGGUCCGGUGGUCGUCGUGAUUUUCUCUUCCGGAACUGUUAAUAUCAGUUCCUUCGUCAAGUCUGGUGAUGUCGACGCGAUAAUUUGGGCUGGUUAUCCUGGUCAGGAGGGCGGACAAGCCGUCGCCGAUAUCAUCUUUGGUGCAUAUAACCCAGGUGGUAGACUUCCUGUGACCUGGUACCCAUCAGAGUAUACGUCGCAGAUUCCGGAGACAUCUCAACAAUUCCGACCAAAUGAUGAGCUUGGGUACCCCGGACGGACUUACAGGUUCUACAACGGAACAACCCAAUUCGACUUCGGCUACGGCCUGAGCUACACCAAGUUCAGCUACAGUUUCGUGAACCCCAACGUCUUGGUCACGAAGAACGUCAACAACGCGAGGCAGUGCUACAACUUCCUCCCCUUCGAAGACAAGCAAUUAACCGACGUCCCCGCGUGCCAGUCUGCGCUGGUGUCUGAUCUUGAUUGCACCGCGGGGGACGUCAGCGUGCAGGUUUCGGUGGCGAACGUAGGGAAGCUCGACGGCAGCGACGCGGUGAUGCUUUACGCGAAGCAGCCUCAGGGGCUUAUCGGAGCUCCGAUCAAGGACCUCGUGGCGUUUGAGAGGGUGUUCUUGAAGGCUGGAGAGAGUAAAGUGGUGAGCUUUGAGAUUGAUGCUUGCAAGAGGCUGGCUUUUGUUACGGAGUCUGCACAAGAGGUUUUGCCGCAGGGCGAGCACACUCUCCUUGUUGGGGACCAGAAGUUGCCUGUUUACGUUCACUUGCAGAAGGAGGUUUGAGUUUUUUUUGGCGGUGUUCGUCAUUCAACUUUCGUGUUGAAUGUAAUCGAGUUGUUAGUUUAAUAAUUGGAUUGGUGUUUGUUUGUGGGUCUUGAUAUUGUUUGUAGAUGGAUUGUCUCUAUUCAAAUUGAUUUUAGUUGAAGCACCACUCUUUUGGUUUC